AUGUUAACGGGUGAAGUGAAGAAGCGGCUUAUCGAAGUUCUAACAGAAAUGGUUGGAAGACAUUGUAGGGCUAGAGCUGCCGUUACAGACAAGUUAGGGAAAAUUGCAACCGAGAAAUACUAUUCACCUUCUUCUCCAUUCACCCCAUACCCACCCACUCCACAAAACAAAAUCCCACCAAAAUUGACCAUCCACAAGCAAGAGGCACCUUAUGACACCGAGGCAGACGAAGUAAGAAGCAACUUGUCUGCAAAUUCACGAAAAACACAAAAGCUCCAGAAGACAGCAGAGUCUGGGUGGGCGUAUACAGGUAGUGAGUAUGCAAGCAAGAAGGCACGUGGUGAUGUGAACAGGAAGGACAAGCUUGAACCUUAUGCCUAUUGCCCACUUGACCGAAAAAUGAUGAGUCGCAGGCCAGAGCAACGUGCAGCUGCUAGGAAAGGUAUGGCAAGUGUCGUAAAGUUAACAAAGAGGCUAGAAGGAAGAAGUGUCUCAAAUGCACUUUCUAUGAAGGGAGUUAAGUUAAAGAAGGGCAAAAAGGAAGGGAACCAAAAGAAAAGUUGAAGUUAACUGUCUUGUAGAUCAGACAGGGAAUCUGCAAUUGAGGCCUUUGAAGUUCCAUAGAGCUGCGUGGGUGGAUGGU